AGUGUUGUUUUAACGUUAAGGAUCUACAGCCGUGAAUAGUAUACUACUGAUGGUUGUAUAACUGUGAUAUAUAUAUUUUUUUUAUUGUGAUAUACAAACAAUAAUAUUAAACUGUUUUAACAAUGGAUUUCAAGAAAGGGAUCGGAUUACGUUUCGUCUUGAUCGUUGUUACAGUGAUUGGUUUAACAGAAAAUGCAUCAGCGCAACAAAGGACCGCAGAAUGUAAGAAUUCCGGUGGAGCGUACGCCUGGCUAAGUUGUUUGAUCGCCAAAGCCAACAAAAAUCUGUGUAAUCCAUCGGGGUGUGCACGAUAUGCUGGAACGGAAUUCGAGAAAGAUUUAACUUGCACAUUUCAGAAACAGCGGUGUGGCGGUUGUGUUCCGCAGUACAAACUGAACGCGACGGAAGUGACCUGUAACGCCCUGCAGCAGACAGGAUAUGAAUGUCCACCAGGCGUGAGAAUGGAAGUAUGUAACUUGGACGCAUGCGUAGCCACUGUAUGUCGGCCAUAUCUAACAGCUCCUUGUCGAAACAAUUUCUGUGGUGGAUGUUUUGCUGAAUAUGACGUAGAUGGACAAUGGCGGAGAUGCCCAAUAGAAGUUUUUUCCAUCCAACCUGAUAACCCGGUAAUCCCGGGCCAAACAUUGGACGGGUUCUCAGACGUAGCUUUCGCCUCUACUUCCGCCGGAUCUGUCGCAGUUCCUCAAACACCAAUCAGAAGCAAAGCAAUAGCCAAACAGCCAAUCAGAGCCAGCACCUGUCCCAAUGGAGAGCUCCCGUGGGACUGCCCUGCAGACGUCUGUACAAACGCAUACUGUUCUGCAUACCCACAGGCUAAAUGCAGGAUCAAUAACUGCGGAGGAUGCUCACCAGAAUUUACAACCGGCAUUUACGUCAUACAGGACUGUAACUCUAGAGAAUGUCCUAAGAACACCUUAGAGAUGGUGUGUAAAGACGAUCCUUGUAAAUAUUCAACCUGUAAAAAGUAUGAAGAUAAAAACCCGGUUUGCAGACCAAGUCGUUGCGGGGGCUGUAGAGCUAUGUGGUAUGUGGACGGCCGAGAAGUGGACUGCUAUAAACAAUAUGGAGUAGACGUCCCCUGUCCAAAUGGGGAGAUGAGACAAAAAUGUCCUAAGACCACCUGCAGAUUUAAACAUUGCCCUGUGGACAGAAGUAUCACCUGUGUUAUCAACAAUUGCGGAGGAUGCCAUAGGGAGUAUCACAAGCUGACAGAGACGGGGAGAACGAUUACAGUGGACGAAUCUAGAUGUCAGGGGUGGUGGAACUUUGUGACCGAACGAAAGAAGAAGAAAUUUUCUUCCAAAAAACGACCUUUGCCACGACCAGUCAAUGAAAUCUCACCAAAUGAACUAGACCCUAUGGCGAGAAGAAAUAACGAACGCACCAUAAAUUCUGUCGAUAAAUUCGAAACGAGUCCGAAGAAUAAUCUGAAUUUGGGGUCACAGGCCAAGGCGAUUGCCGAUGUAGGGGUCCCUCAUAAAAGUGCAAUGGAAUCCUCAAUUGUUGAACUUGCACCACCGCCACCACCACAAUUACCAUUUAAUGAACCACCACCACCACCACAGUUGCCAUUUACUGAACCACCACCACAAUUACCAGUAGAACCGAUGAGUGAACGAACACUGGGGGUGCAGCAAUUCAUGCCGAAACCAAGCUUCCCCGAACUUCCAGCUGAUCUUGUUUCUGCUCAUAUAUUGGAAAAUCCUUUGAUGAAUCCCCCAGAAACAUUUGUGGAGUACCCAACAAGCAAUGGGGAUGUUCCACGAAGUGAUGUGGCUGUUGAUUAUCCACAAGAAAGGGGCGUGGCUCCUUUAGUCAGUGAACCGGUUAAAACCGUGCAUUCAAUGGAUCAAAAUCUAGAAAAUAUACAGACGAUUGAGAAUCCUCUCAUGUUUGACCAGCCGUCAGCAUCUAGUAAUACAAGAAAAACGGAGGUGAUUGAAAAUCCACUUCUCAAUGACAAGUCUCAGCCUCAUCCCCAGAAGCAAGACCGAAUUAACGUUGAAGUGUUGCACAACCCACUAAGUAAUACAAGAAAAACGGAGGUGAUUGAAAAUCCACUUCUCAAUGACAAAAGGUCUCAGCUUCAUCCCAAGAAGCAAGACCGAAUUAACGUUGAAGUGAUACACAACCCACUAACAAAUAACCAACGACCUCCGUCCAACAUCAACGUCGCUCCCCUUAAUACAGAUGCGUUACCGUCUGUACCGGCAAGUGACCUAUCCGUUCAAAUUCUGGACAUCCCUCAAGUCAGAGCACAGGAACCGCGGAGACCAUUCGACGAAGUCCAAACACCAGUUCCGACACGCGUUAUUCAACCAGUCGUCAGGGACAGAAUUAAUGUAGAAUUUAUUGACACCCCAACACGAGCAUUUCCUCUCAAACGAGGGCGGAACAGAAGAAUAAACUCCAAGCGAAAGGGAGCUGACUCAUCCAAAAUGAACUUCUGGAAGACCGACAUGCAGUUGCCUUCGGCUUUCUUCCAAUUCAUGCUUCAAGGCAUGGGUUUUCAUGGAAUACCUUUAGAGGGCAUACAGAAAAAGUAAUUUGUCUCCAGUAUCAAUCGAAUAUCCUAUUUGAAAUCCAGCAUCCCAUUUUGGAACCUUGUGUGGAGUCUACAACAAAUCUCUUCCAGAACAAAAAGACAGUUGUAAAGAUGGAUAUUGGGCCAACGAGUUCCUUUAUUGAUAAAGUUGAAAUUCUGUUUAAACUUCUUACUUUCUUAAUCUCAUUCUUGAAUUUCCAUGUUCAAAAUCUAUCAAAGACAAAAUAUUUUAUCGGGUUAUUCCUGAUGCAAUGGAGAAAAAUCCGUUCAUGUGACGCUUUUUUCCCCCCUUAUUUUUUGAGACAUGAUCUUUUACUGCAAUUAGUUAGUGCCAACCACUUAGUGAUUCUAUGUGCCAAAAUAUUUAAAUCCAAAGUUUCCUGAAAAUGCGUGUAUUACACAAUAUAUAUGCAUAUAUAAACACUGAAGGAAAUAAAGAGUGCACCAAGAGCCUGCAAUAGAUAGCGUUGUACUUUUGUAAUUAAUAUGCACAUAAAUUAACUGUAGAACUUGUAUAGAUUUUAGUGUCCCACUCUUAUAUUUGUUGUUGUUGUACGCCUUAAUUGUUAUGAAUAUUCUUGAGAUAAAGAUUUGAUGUGUAGUUAUUUAUGUAUUUGAAAUACUAUUGCUAGAAAUAAAUAUUGGACUUUC